AUGAAGGGCGCCCUCAAUGUGCCCAGCUCCCACAGGGACCAGAGCCCCACCCCAGAGCGCCGCGGAACGCUGAACUCCCUGCAACCGCUGUCCAGGCUAUGCGGGCCGGCCCUCAAUGCGGUGCCCGACUUCAAGUACCUGGGCAUCACCUUCCACUGCUGCAAGCCGCUAGGGGAGUCUGCUGCCGCUGCCCGCGCGGCGGUGGCCCGCUUUGCCGCUGCAUCGUUUGAGGCGCGAUGCGAGGAGCUGGGCUUGGAGGCAGCCAAGCUACUGCUGACCCUUUAUGACGUGCUUGUGGACUCUACGCUGUCCUAUGCCGGCGCAGUGUGGGCCCCUGGGCUGGCGAUGGCUGCGGCGGCACGCCCUGUUGUGAGCGGCGGCGCUGGACGCAGCACCCCGUUGUCGGAGCCCGAGCUGCAGCACCUGCGGUUCCUGAGGCGCCUUCUGGCGCUGCCGCGCAGCACCCCCGCCGCCACUAUCCUGGCAGAGGCAGGCCAGCCGCCGCUCCAUGCCCGCUGGCUGCGGCAGGCAGCCCGCCUGUGGAACAGCUUGGUGACCGCCCCUGAGGGCAGCAUGCCGCGGCUGGUCGUGCAGGCAGCGGCAGCGGUGGCAGUAGAUUGCGCAGACGUGCUGCCACAGCGGCAGCCUUGGGCCGCCCAGCUGGCGCACAGCCUCCGGGCUGUGGGCCUGACGUUUGAGCCGCUCCACAUGGACAAGAUUAGCCCGGACAGCGCGCAGCAGGCAACCUUGCGGCUCCACCUGGCGCGUGUGACGCAAGAGACGCCCGCCCACACCCGGCUGCGCCACUACUUCUGCGAUGUGCGCCCGGAGUGUUGUAGCCUGGAUGGGUAUGGCCGCCCACCGUAUGUCACGGAGGUUUUACGGCAUUUUCACAAAUCUGCCGCCGCCCGCUGUAAACUUUACGUUGAACUCUUUACUGUCGUGGUAAAUGCGUCCCAGGACAGCAGUGAACCAUUAAAUCGUUACUUUACUUUACUUUAG